UAUCCAACUAAUGUAAUUCAGAAAUCUAUGCUUUUAAAAUUAUCUACACUAUCUAUAUCUUUUCAUCAUCAUCUAUGGUUUUCGUUCGACGUAAAGGCUUCUCCAAACCGAAAUACUGAUUUCGAUAUCAGCUACUCCAAAAGCCACGGCCUCAAACAUUUAACAGUGUUCGGGUGAUCGAACUGCAUAGACCUUCAGAUAAGAUGUUUCAAUAUCUGAAAUAAUUCAAUGUUCGAGGCGGAUCCAAUCUUUUAAACAAUUUGAAAGUUUCGAUUGUGUUCAGGAAAUGGGAGACCUUUCGAAGUUGAUGUCCAGUCCGGGCGAUUGAAAGCCCCGGUGGUGCUUGCUUUCAGUAAAUGAUGGUACUUAAUGGACCACUCACUAUAUUGGCCGAGAAAAUACAGAGUUUACCAUGUUUGUGCAAGGUUAUCGGAACCUACAGGUGCUUGCCCCUGGAUGGAAAGCAACGUACAUCACACAGCUAAGCAGACUAGGUAUGUACUCUGUCUAUUGGUUACACGCCAUCUGGGCCAAAUAUAUAGGGUACUUGUUACUUCACAUGCUAGCUCGAGAAUUCACAACAUUAAACUUCAGGUCAUUCCCCAGAUCAUCCUAUAUUGAAUUUGAAUCUCCACUCUCUCACGCUUUUGCUUCAUUUCAACACAAUGCCUCAGAACUCUGAAAAUGCUUCUUCGGGGAUGCCUUCCCCAUACGGCAAUCCCGUAGCCAUCAAACACCAACAAAAAGCCAACCCUGAUUUGCCUGACCACCGCUACCAAGUUUUUCAGAAAUCUCUGCUUGAGCAUGAAUACCAUCAUGAGGAGGCAUUCGUGUCUGCUAGUCUCACACGCCUUCAUCAUGGAAUCUACGAUGCGGAGAAACGAUUGAGUCUCUACGGAGCUCCGCCACACAAUGUUACCUUUGUAGCCAUUACGUUUGUUUUUCAUCCCAUGCACUCGGUUGAGUAUAGAUUUAAAAGAGCACAGAUUUGCAUCCAAGCUUUUAAGAAUAUCGGGGAGAAGACUACAAAUCAACCGCUGAGGAUUAUCAAAUUUGCUCCACAUAUUGCUUUUGGCCGAUAUUCGACGGAGAACUUGCAUUGGACUUUUUCCUUGGGUGCAACACUAGGGGUCUCUACGCCAGCGACUGCAACGGUCACACCAUCCACUGAAUACGAUAGAUCAAAAGUCAUCGGUAACAUGUUAAAGAUACAGGGCUCAACUCGAUCUGCUGAAGGAAUGCAGAGCAGCAAACUUGUUUGGUCGCUUGAAGAGAACGAACAGCAGUGCACUGGGCUCCCUCGAGAAUUCACCUUUGUCUUCUUGGUUGAACAGCCAGUAGCUAAAGCACCAUUCUCCUUGCAGAUUGAAAUUAAGCCUGUCUUCUCAAAUAGUCUGAAAGCUACAAGCUUUGGCACCGAGAUCACGAACAAGUCUGGCACGCUGUCAGAUGAAGUGUCUCUCCAUUCAAUUGUUGACCUUCGGGGCUGGUUUUCCAGUAGUCCAUAUGCAUUCAAUUUUGCUACCAUGCUUGGGCAAUUCGAAGAUUUAGUGGAGCUGCCAGGAAAUGCCUCGAGCGUUCAAGAUUACAUUGGUACUACUUCAAGUGUCCCCGGUGCUGUUCCACUAUCUUCAUCGUAACUAAGGUCUUCCCUUUUUAAAGGCACUAUUGGACUGUUUGCAGUAAUGAACAUUCUACGUUGCAGCUAUUACAUAUCUUCUUCGCCUAUGUUCCUGACCUCUUAUCAUAUUUGACCUGAUGUCAAUCACUCUCUGCAACUGCGUACCAAUUGGCCUCUUCCUUCCUUCUGCAUAUACUUCGACAGUUCAUUUAAAUAAAACAUUGUCAGGAUACAUUCGCUGUACUGUAGUCAACCCAACGUAUUGCUCGCAAUAUUGCGGUGGGACCAGAAUUUCAGGCGUAGAAUUUCGCUUUGGCGUAUGGCCCCCUAUAUUACAUGCUUUUAGGGCUGCAUCUACUGCUUCCUCUAAAAUACCUUUUCGAUAAGCACCCUCUAAAGAAACCCAUACUUCAUUCCAUGUAAUGGGCGAUUUUCCUGCGCCGCAAAGGUCUGUAGGAUGUUCUUGCAGAUUGUGCCAUAUGUCAGAGAUAUCUCGAUGUGAGAGAGGCUUUUUGAAGGCUUUCAUCAUGGCGUC